GGGUGACAGUAAGGUAUGGAGGGAGACAAAGUGCAAUGAGAUCAAACCACGUGAUUUCGAAAGGAGUCCUACGUGUGUUAGAAUAAUUAUGCAUAUACUAGCAUUUGUAAACCCACGAUUAACUAACACUAUAACUUUAAAAACCUUAGAUACGCUUCUGCCAAAAGAUUGAUCUAGUCCAUGUCUAGCCUAAUAACGCCACCUGAUAUAGGUAAAUGUUAAGAAGAACAAUAAUAUUGAAAUAACAGUUUAUGGUGGAGAGAUCGGUCAGAUUCUUCGAGAAAAAACGAGAACACAGCUAAUGAAUAUUUAUAAAGGAAAAUAAUUAUUUAAAAGUGUGAUAUAUUUUCAGUGCAAGCGUCACGAACUUCUCAACAUAACUUCUGCUCUUCUUCUAAAUUAUAAGUAAAUUUGUUCCAAACAUGCCCUUUAACUUCGAAAAACGCAACAAAGUUGUCAAAGACAUGAAAUAUUACCAGAAAAAACAAGUGGUACCAGAUGGGGGUUGGGGAUGGGUGGUAUGCUUCGCUGCAGCUUGUACGAAUUUUACGGUAACUGGAUUGGCAACGUCUUCGGGAAUAUUCCUUAUUGGCCUCAGAAGAAUCUUUGAUGACCCAGUAUGGAAGUUGGCGCUAGUUGGAGCCCUGCUUGACGGACUUAGCAUGCUUGCAGCUCCAGUUGGCAGUGUGUUGUUGGUUUACGUUAGCCACCGAACAGUGAUGAUAUUAGCAGCUAUUCUUGGUUUCAUAGGCGCCAUCUUGGGUGCCUUUUCCACAACUAUUGAGAUGAUGAUAGCAACAUACGGUAUUAUGACAGGUGUAUCUCUUGGAAUGUCUUUUUUCACCUGCCAGAUUAUCACAGGACUCUACUUUGAUAAGAGACGGGCAUUGGCAAUAGGAAUAAACAAUUGCGGUGGAGGAUUAGGCACAAUGUUGGUAAACUUGUUUUAUGAGUUUUUUAUUGAAAUUUAUGGACUUAGGGGCACCUUGCUUCUUGUAGCAGGGUUGCUUCUGAAUGUUGCCGUUUAUGGAGCACUUUGCCGACCUUUGCCCUAUAUCUACACAGAUGCUAAGGAGAAGGCAUGUAUAGCAGAGUCCUCCACCAGCAGAUAAAAGUGGCAUCAAAGAUGAAACCAUUAUAAACAAGCAGAGACUACAUAGAAAUUCAGUAGUGGAACGCCGAUCAAUUUCAAUUGGAGCUAAGAAUUUUAGAAAUAUCGACUUUGUGCUGCUCACGAUGGCCUACGUUGGUUGGGUGUGUUCUUCGGCCUUGUGCACCUUUAUACCACCCCUAUGUGUUUGGUCAUUUGGAAUGAGCCAAAAGACGUCUGCAGUCCUCAUGAUUAUUCUGGGAUUUUGUACAACUAUUGGUGAACUGUUACUCGGAGUAUUUGUUGAUGUGUUUCACUUUAGCAGCAAGAAGGUCUUCAUGUUCUCAUUGUUCCUUGUCACAAUUACCUCAGCAAUGAUGCCUUUCUGUAACCACUUUAUACUCAUGGCUUGCGUAACAAGUAUUUUUGGCUUUGCGAUUGGUUUAGGAGUAUCUCUCAGACUGGUCCUCACAACAGACGUAGCUGGUUUAGAAGCGUCCACAAAAGCAUUCAGUAUUCUAAGUGUGUUCUGUGGAAUUGGCUAUUUCGCUUCCCCUCCUACGUUUGGACUGAUUUUUGACGUCACAAAAUCAUUUGUCAUGGUUUUUUAUUUAGGUGGAGCAUGCGCGUUUACUUCAUUAAUCUUAAUGAUUUUAAUUUGCUUUCGCGGUGCAUGUAAAAAACGUCUGCAGAAAUAAACACUGUUCUCUAAUUUU